AUGAGGCGCUCGGGCGCUGACUUCUCAUUGAAGCCUACGGUCAUUGGUGCGAAUGACACGGCAUGUCAUACCUGUGCUUCUUCUGCUGAAAUCAGCGCUGACACUCGUAGUGCUGCUGGCGUGGCGCCUUGCAGUGCCGCUGCUAUUGCCCGCACUGCGAGUGGUGACUGCACUGCUGUAGCUGCUACUGUGCUCCUGCUUCAACUGCUGCUACUGCUACCGCGACCAGCACUGCUCCUUCUGAUGCUAUUGGUAGCGCUGCAGCUGCUCCAACUGCUGCUGCAAGCUGUAUCACCUCUGCUGUUGGUACUGGUAGCGACGGUGCUGCUGCUAUUGUGCUGCUGCCGGUGCUUCUCCUUCUACUGCUCGUGCUUCUGCUGGCGCUACUGCAGUCGCGGUUUGCCCUCUUUUGGCAGCCAUGCUGCUCCUGCGCCUGAUAGUACUACUAAUGAUGAUGAUGACUGUUUUGUUGUCAACGCUUCGGCCGCGCAUGCUUUUCGCGCUGCCGCCGGUGCCGGUGCCGCUGGCGCUGGGACACCUGGGAGAUCGGUGGCUUUGACCGGCGGCAGUUCAGGAUUUAGCUCGACGUCCGGGGAGCAGCCGCUUGAAGAAGAAAGGCCACAGGAAGGACGCGUUCCUCCUUUAGGCGGGGGCGAGGAAGAGGAUGAAGCACUACCACAAGGUUUUGUCUCUGAUACAAUUGCUGAAGAAGCCAUGCGGUUGGCUCUCGAAAAUAUGAGACUUGAGCAACAGAUUACAAGUGCCUUCUCGGACCUCGUCGACGCUCUGCCCUCAAGCGGGACUACUUGGUCUACAAUCGUGCAGCGCGCGCGAUGCGCUAUAAAGCGCUUUGUGUUGUGGCGAACGUUUUGUGAGACGGUCAUCCGCGCAGUAGUGUGUGCGCCUGCGCUUCCCCUACCUCCCCGCGAGGUGCAUGAGUUAAUCGACCUAGCAUGCAACUUUCGGGCGCCGGUGGCCCUUCGUUGUCGUGCGGUUCUUCGUGUGGCGUUUACUGCUCUCAUUGAGCGGUUUCUUCUGGCCGGCCUUCUUUCGCGUAACUGCAGUGUUAUGCGCGAGACCAUGGUGCGAUACCUCAAGGAUACGUCCCGGAUACAACGCUAUAUGCGCUACGGUGCAGCAAUUCGUGGAAUGCUAGCGCGGCGCAGAUUUCUUCAUAAUCUGCGUGAACUGGAAAUAAGAGGCUGCUUAACCUCUUCAACAGAUAUCCAGGCACUUAGUCCCGACGGUGCCGGACCGUCCGCUGGCGUACCGGGUGAUGCUGGGCCCUCUUGUUCGACUACUUCCGGCUCGCCUGCGGAGCAGGGCACCGAGGCGAGUAGUAGUUCUGAUGCAGAUGCCGCCGCUGCCGGGGAAGAAGCCUGGAAACGGCUCGACGAGAGAACCGAUAAGCAGUCUGAACGUACCGAGGAUGUCCUCGUUAUGGCAGUGCGUUCCUCCCUGGGUGCAGCUUUGAGCUACUGCUGUGGAAACGGGGCGGAGAGCGCCGUGGAUGCCUCUAUAGAUUGCUCGGCAGCUGUUGGCCGUGGUCAGGCGUAUUGCUUCCAGUUCCCAGGAGAAAGGGUGUUUACUGUGAAAAGAAGACUAGGCGGUUCGUGUCGUUCAGCCGUACAGGCGUAUUCGACACGUUUGAAUCAGCUCUUGUGGGAUGCCCGUGUUAUGGGAAUGACGGAAGAGCUGGAUAGGCUAUUCGCAGCAAUGUUCUGCGAACCUCGGUUUGCGCAUCAAUUACUAGAGGGCCGGCAACUACCGCUGAUACCGUCUCGGGUGUGUCGUCCGCUUGGGGCUGGGGAAGACGCCGUUGCUGAUUCGCCGGGGGACUCGCCUGCGCCUUGCCAGCCUCCGUGCCCCGCCCCUCUGAAGUUUUGUGGACGGCGGCCUUCUCGUUCUUCUUCUUCUUCCUCUUCUGUGGCUAGGAAAGCGCCCAAGCGCGUGCGGUCAUCCGGAGCCACUACUGGUGCUGCUGCUGCGGCUCCUUCUUUUCUGCAUUGCCCUCAGCAGUUGGGGCACAAAACGGAUCGUGCCGCCCCGUCCGCCGCACUGGGGGCACCAGUAGAUAGUAGCGUGGAAUCUGCAGAUGACAAUGCUGCAGAUGCCAAUGCUGACCACACGGCGGGGCCGCCGCCGCAUCUCUUAGGAGUAUCUGUUAGGACAGCAGAGCAAGUGUCUAGCUCCUCUAUCAUCAGCACAGCAACCUGCAGCAACAGCAGCAGCCGCAACGGCUCGGAGACGCGCCGCAACAGCGUGGUAGGUCACCUACACGUGCGGCAGAGCCAUCAGCACAUGCGGCAGGCGGUCCACGAACACACCCCGGAAGUCUGCCCCCACACCGUGGAGGCCUGUCAGCACAGCUUGGUGGCCUGCCAGCCGGGCCCGGGCGUUCAGUAG